AAAGAAGAAAAGUGUGUGCAGGCCGUAGGUUGGAUUCCGCCGUCUGUGCCUCCUUGGUCAUCUUACAUAAUAAUCGUAUUUGAGUGUAGCGAACACGUGACCGCCACGCCACACAACACCACAGCCACUCACAUGUUUGAUACAAUGCUUCAGAGUGAGAGCCACAUCUUUUAACCAACUCAGAGACGAUUCGCCACGCGACCUAUGUCUAAUUCCAGUCUACUGUUUUUCUGGCGGACACGCACUCGUAGUUUAGGUUUGGAUUUAAUUAUUAGGAGGAGUGGUUUUUGUACCAACAACAUCAAGAACACGAACAAGAAGGCUCCUCCACCUUUGGAUUUUACUCAAAUUCAAAUAUCUCGCCUCCCCACCGUCAUCAUUAUCGGACGACCUAACGUCGGCAAGUCUGCACUCUUUAACCGACUCAUUCGAAGAAGGGAAGCUCUCGUUUACAACACGCCUGAUGAUCAUGUUACCCGUGACAUUCGUGAAGGAGUCGCCAAGUUAGGUCACUUGCGUUUCAGAGUUUUGGACUCUGCUGGUUUGGAAGCUGAAGCCACUUCCGGUUCCAUUCUCCAUAGAACUGCUUCCUUCACUGCUAAUGUUUUGUCAUCAUCUCACUCUUUACUCUUCCUCACCGAUGCUAGAGCUGGACUUCAUCCUCUUGAUCUUGAGGUUGGAAAAUGGUUGCGCAAAAAUGCACCUCAAGUUAAACCUAUUCUUGUCAUGAAUAAAUCAGAGUCACUCUUUGAUGCUAAUGACUCUCUUGCGUCUGCUGCUAAUGAAAUGUCUCGGUUAGGAUUUGGGGAUCCUAUUGCUAUAUCUGCCGAGACUGGAUUGGGUAUGCAUGACUUGCAUCUGUCUCUUAAGCCUGUCCUCGAGGACCAUUUGCUUCGUCUCUUGAAUGAUGAAAGUGCUCAAGAGAAUAGUUGCGGUGAUGAGACUAGUUCCACUGAGGUUGACGAAAGCAAACUGCCAUUGCAGUUAGCAAUUGUAGGACGCCCCAAUGUCGGUAAAUCAACUUUACUGAAUGCUUUGUUGCAAGAAGACCGUGUUCUUGUGGGUCCUGAAGCUGGUCUGACAAGAGAUGCAAUCAGAACUCAGUUUGAAUUUCAAGGAAGAACGAUUUAUCUGGUUGAUACUGCGGGUUGGUUGCAGAGGACAAAACAAGAGAAAGGAGCAGCAUCUUUGAGCAUUAUGCAAUCAAGAAAGAGUCUACUCCGGGCUCAUGUAAUUGCUUUGGUGCUAGACGCAGAUGAGAUAAUAAAUGCUAGACGAAGUAUGAAACAUGCUGAGGUAGUUAUAGCCAGACGAGCAGUGGAAGAGGGACGUGGUCUGGUUGUGAUUGUGAACAAGAUGGACCUUCUAAGGGGCAAAAACCAAUCAUCAUCCUAUGAAAAGCUUAUGGAGGCUGUUCCACAAGAAAUUCAGACAAUUAUACCUCAGGUUACUGGAAUCCCAGUAUUAUUCAUUUCAGCACUGGAGGGAAGAGGUCGGACGACCGUCUUGCAUCAGGUCAUUGAUACAUACGAAAAAUGGUGUUCCAGAUUAUCUACAGCCCGUCUUAACCGUUGGUUGCAAAAGGUUAUGAGCAGGCAUUCUUGGAAAGACCAGGCAGCACAGCCUAAGAUCAAGUAUUUCACUCAGGUCAAGGCCCGACCACCAACAUUUGUUGCGUUUGUGCGUGGGAAGACCCAGCUUUCUGAUACAGACAUUAGGUUCUUAACAAAAUCCUUGAAAGAUGACUUUGAUUUGGGUGGAAUUCCUAUACGGAUCAUGCAGCGUUUUAUCCCUAAGAAAGAUGGCAGUGGAAGUAGCAAGAGUAGCCCUUCAAUAGGCAGAGUGGCUGAAAGGAUUAAAUCUGACAAGAGACGGAGAGGCGAGUUAGUUGAAUGACAAUUUUGAUUUUUCAAUAAAAGGCAUGAGCAUCGCCCCAUUCUGCAAGUGAUUGUCAAAGGGAGCUUAGAUACCCUCCAGUUAUAGACUGUUUGACUUAAUUUCCAUAUUUUGGAAGUUCCAAACAAGUCUUUGGUUGAAGGAAACAUUUCUGACUUAGCUAACGUGCAUCCUCGGACGGUGCUUGCAGUUUGGAAAAUGGCUCAUUUUACAUAUUUAGAAUAGUUAUAGAGGGACCGGAUAUAUUAAAGCUUGGAAUUAUUGGAAUCAAUAUUAGCAAAGAAGCUUGUGGCUCUACUACUGUAUUUAUUUUAAUCAAGAUAAGAGGUAUGACAUAUGAAGCAUUUAUGAUAUGUUUUUUUUCUUAUUAUAUUUGGAAAAGAAAAUGUAAUAACUACAUUUUCUGGAACAAAAUGGUUGUGAACAGGUGUUAAAUAUUUGCCAAAACAACCAUCUCUCGAUAAGAGAUGAAUUAAGUGAUUAUAAAUUUUAGGGUAAUUUAUGCUUUUAGUCUC